CUGAAACCCGGCGUCUCUCUCUCUCUCUCUCCCUCACUGUGUAGCUCCCUCUCGGGAGAGAGAGAAGGAGACCCACCACUCCCUUCUAACUCUGUCUCUCCCUAGACAGACCCCUCCCCGCAAUAGAGUGGGAGGAACAGAACAGCCAUGCGAUUAGAGAGAAAGAGAGAGAGAGAGAGAGAGCUCACUGGGGACGGGGAGAAGCAACAGUGUGCAUCAGUCAGUUCCCUGAGAAGGUCAUACAGGCUGGAACGCCGUUAACGGUCGUAUACAACACUCAUACCGGCGUCACAAACGGUUCGUACAGCAAAAUGGUUGGAAUGGAGAAUGAAGAACACAUCCAACAUUGUUCAUGGGAGAGUGUUGGAGAUGUUCCAGAAGUAGCCUUUAUUCACUACAUGAUAGAUAAGAUGAAAUUAGAAGGAGACAAACCUGCCAUGAUUGAUGGAAUCUCUGGAGCCACUCUCAAAUACAGCGACAUGGUCUCAGGUGUCUAUGACCUAAGCUAUGGCUGGCAUUCCGCAGGGCUGGAAGCUGGGGAAGUGAUAUGCCUUGUAACGCCCAACCACAUCGAAGUCCCUCUGGCUUUCCUGGCAGGCAUUGCUGCCUCGGCGCCUGUUACACUAGCGAACCCGCUGUAUACGCCAGAUGAACUGCGUCGUCACGUCAUCAACAGCCAGUCCAAGUGGAUCGUGUGUCACCCUGUGUGCAUACCCAGCGUCCAGGCAGCUACCAAGGACCUAGAUGACAUCAAGGGAAUGUAUGUCCUAGGCGAUGCAGGAGCAGGCGAGAUGCCCACGCUGAAGAGCCUGUCCAAAGAGGCUUCGGAGGAUUGGAAGAAGAGGUCUGGUCUGACCAAUGGUGAUGCCAUCCACAUACCCUACUCGUCUGGGACCACUGGACUCCCAAAAGGAGUCGAACUCACUUCGAAGAACUGGCUGGCGGUUCUCUCCGUCAUUGGGAGAAAGGAAUACCUUGACGUCACCAGCGGAGACAUCUGCCUGGGCAUUCUCCCCUUCUUCCACGCCUUCGGGAUGGCCAUGUGCCUAACGUCCCUCUGCAACGGCAUGACGAUGGUCACCCUUCCAAGAUUCAUCCCCGAGCACUUCCUGAAGGCCAUACAGACUUACAAGGUCACACUGCUGCCCCUGGUGCCUCCUUUGGCAAUCUUCCUGGCCAAACACGACGCGGUGAACCAGUUUGACUUGACCUGUGUCAGUAACAUCAUCUGUGGCGCUGCUCCUUUGUCCAAGGAUAUUCAGGAAAAACUUUCAGAGAGGCUUGCUGGAGUGAGAGUCAGACAAGGGUUCGGUUUGACAGAGACGACGCUCGCCACUUUCAGCAGUGAGACGUCGUUACCUGGGGCUGUUGGGAAAGUGACUGCCCAUUGCAUGGCUAAGAUUAUUGACAUGGAGACAGGAGACUCACUGGGGCCAGGGAAGGAUGGUGAAAUCUGCGUCAAAGGACCCCUGGUGAUGAAGGGUUACCUGAACAAUGAAGCAGCCACAAAGGCCAUGAUUGAUGAAACCGGUUGGUUACACACAGGAGACAUCGGUCACUACGAUGAGAAAGGCAUCUUCUUCAUUGUAGACCGCAUUAAGGAAUUAAUAAAGUACAAAGGAUUUCAGGUGGCACCAGCAGAACUAGAGGGACUUCUCCUAACUCACGAAGACGUAGCAGACGCAGGAGUUGUUGGUGUUUCUGAUGAAGUGGCGGGAGAACUACCCAAGGCUUUCGUCGUGGCGAAGCCGGGGAAGACCAUUGUACCUGAAGCUUUAAUUAAUUGGGUUGCCGACAAGACAGCCCCACACAAGCACCUCCGCGGCGGAGUGGAAGUCAUAUCAGCCAUCCCAAGAUCUCCAGCUGGGAAAAUCCUCAGAAGGGAACUGAGAAAAGUGAUCAACAUAUGAAAAAUUAUUAUAUAUUAAUAAUGGAUGACUUAGAAAAUAUAUAUUGAAUAUAUUCGUUUGCUGAAGAUCUGUUUGUUGUUGAAAUAUAUAUGUCAUUGGAGUGCAGACCGCAGUUCGCUCACGGAGCCAUUUUUUUUUAAUCGUUAGACUUUAUGAAAAUUCAGAUUUAGAGAUUUAGGUUACUGUAGAUUUUCUUUUAUUAAUACAGUCUGGGACCACAAAUGAUACUGUAUACAGUACAUUAAUAAAUUAAUAUUCUGUAGAGUGGUGAGGUGCUGUAGGCCUACCUAAAUUCGUUCAGUGACCUGCUUUUGUAUUUGUAUGUUCUUUAUGAAAAUUUUGAAUCUCAGAUGUAGGUUGCAGUAGAUUUUCUUUUUCUUAUUACUGUCUGGGACCACAAAUGGUGAUAUAUACAUAUAUAUAUAUAUUGAUAUAUUCAUAUAUUGUAGAGUGACGAGAUACUCUAGGAAUAGUUAGUUCCAACUUUCUUUUUAUGAAAAUUCAAACUUAGAGAGAGAUUUAGGUUGCUGUAGGUUUUCUUUGUUUUACUGCAGUCUGGGACCACAAAUGAAAAGACGCAUAUAAUGAUAUAUUGAUAUUCUUUAGGGUGAAGAGGUGCUCUAGGCCUAGUUAUAGUUCCCAUUUUCACAAUGUUUUCACCAAAUCACACCAUUGUAAUUAGGCCUAUAGAUUGUCAGAUUUAAAAUGUCAUCACAAAGACGAAUGUCUGUAUACAGUACAGGCAGUCCCCAGGUUAUGUUGAGUUUGGGUCAUGGUGUUCCGGACUUACAGUGCUAGGCUCAUGGCGUCAUUAAACCCAAUUUUUUGGUGCCGUAAGUGGAUCUACUGCACUGUUACCCAAUUUAUGGUACCAUAACCCAGAUUUACAGUGCUUACAACACCAUAACAGCACUGUAAGUGCUAUUCCCAAUAUAAUUAUGAUGCUUCGGGUUACGGCAGAACCCCUGCUGUAAACCGGGGACUGCCUGUAUUAUGGUAAACAACAUUUACACUGUUAUGAAUAUCAAUAUGUUUUGUCACACUAUUACAGAGAACCAUGUUUGUAUUUACAUUAUGAUGUGAACCAAGAAGUACAUCUUACGCAGUUGUGGACAUUUUCCAGUCAAAGUUGUAGACAUGUUUGAGAUACUUCCAUAACAUGUCAUGACACCAUUACAAGAUCACCAUAACAUUGACGUUAUGUGAGCUCACUAUGAGCCACAAUUUCUUUUUUAGUAUUUUUUAAUUUCCACCGUGGUAGCUUAGGUACCAUAUUACGAUUGGUAUGUUGGCUUAGGCCCAUGUACUAAGACUCCUCAAUAAAUUAUGCUGACUUAAGCCUAUGUACCAAACCCUAUAAACUUCUCUGGAGACAUCAAGCUUUCCAAGACUUCUCUAGAGAAAUCAGACUUCUCCUGAGAAAUGCUAUAAUCUGACAUUGGUGUGAUUUGGGGUAGAUAUUCUGAAGGUGGCAAAUAAUUUAUAGUCAAUGAUAGGCCUAUUUGAUGGUGCUCAGGAAUAGGCCAAUAGACUGAUAUUCCCUUAAAUCAUUCACCCUUGUGAAAAAAGUUUUAUAUUAAGAGUUUUCUGGAAGUGCACAAAUAAUGAAUAGUACCUUUCUUGGAGCUACAGAAGUAUAGUGUUGAUCCAGUUUCAGAGUGUGGUUUGUACAGUACACAAUAGUCAUUACAAAAGCUUUUCAAAAUUUCCAUUUUCCCUUUGUUUUGCACAAUCUUUUACCUCUAAUUUAAGUUAAAGCCUUCAUUCCAUCCCCGUGAAUGGUUUGACUCCGUUAUUUUAUAGCAAUUACGUUCAGCGAACUUUUAAACUAAUUUAUAACUGAAUUUUUAGCCAAGAAACUUGAAUUGAAAAUUUAGCUUCAUGAAAUUUUACUUUUACACCGAUUUAUAAUUGAAUUGUCAGCCUAAUUAAGGCUUUUGUUAAACGCGUCUGUUCUAUCCGUUGUUCAGUAGCUACCGUAAAACCAAUUUCAGAUGCCAGGCUGGCAAUAUAGGCCUUGAGAAUGCCAAUUCAUAAGUCAAAAUUUGGAUUUAAUGUAGUCAAAUACUGUUUAGCCUGGAUCCCAACAUUGUCAUUGAAUUUAAAAGCCUGUAUCUGCUUCCUUUCUCAUUCCUAGACCUGUAAUUAUUCCAAAACACUUAUCAGUGCGUUAGCCCCUUCUGUUUAACCUUUAUGCAACUUAUUUUUACAAUGGUGCAAAGCCUUAAUUAGGCUGACAAUUCAAUUAUAAAUCGGUGCAAAAGUAAAAUUGUAGUUAUAUAUAUAUAUAUAUAUAUAUAUAUAUAUAUAUAUAUAUAUAUAUAUAUAUAUUAUAUAUAAAACUACAAUGCUCUGUGCAAAUUGUUGAGAGGACUGGUGCACUCCAAAGUGUAGAAUAUAUCCUUGUUGGGUCUAGCUUCUCGUGAACAGAGAAGAGAAGAUUCGUCAGAAAAGUGCAAGAGCUAUGAAUGAACAAUUAAGCCGAAGCGUUACUCUUAAAAAAGUGCCCUACAAGUGCUCUGCAAGUGCUCUACAUAAGCUCAAUGUGAAUGCAGUGAUAUGUAAAUGGCCUGAAUAUAAUAACUGAAUUUC